AUGGCAGACAUCGAAGGCAUGUUCAACCAGAUUUAUGUAACACCAGACCACAGAGACGUUCUGCGUUUCCUGUGGUGGAAGGAACAUGACCAAAAGAAUGAGGUAGUUACCUACCGUAUGACAUCUCACCUCUUUGGCGGAGUGUGGUCUCCAAGUGCAGCAAGUUUUGCUUUAAGAAAAUGUGCAUCCGACCAUGCACAUUUGUAUGAUGCAGACACCGUCUCCACUGUAGAAAGGAAUUUUUACGUGGAUGAUUGUUUGAAAUCUUCUGACUCACCUCAACAAGCCAUCCAGCUAGCAGCGCAGCUGACUGAUCUACUCAGACAAGGAGGGUUUCACUUGACCAAAUGGACAAGCAAUUCUGCAGAGGUCCUGAAGUCUAUCCCAGAGCAGGAACAUGCAAAACGCUCACCGUCGUUAGAUCUGGAUCGAGAUCCAUGCAUGGAGAGAGCUCUGGGCGUGUUAUGGGACAUAAAAGGUGACUGCUUCACAUUCAGUGUAAAUGUUAAAGACAAACCCAACACCAAAAGAGGCAUGUUAAGCACAAUAAGCUCAGUUUAUGACCCCUUGGGUUUAGUUGGCCCAUUCAUUUUACGAGGAAAGGCAUUAUUCCAGUCACUGUGUCGUAUGAAGCUAGGCUGGGACGAACCCAUUCCUAGCGAGAUUGCUGAGCAAUGGGGCCGGUGGUUGGAUGACCUGCCAAGACUCUGCAAGUUACAAAUUCCUCGAUGUCUCAGACCAACAGUCUAUACUGUACCUUCAGUCACCAUGCAGCUGCAUCACUUCAGCGAUGCGUCUGAGUUGGGAUACGGUGCCGUCUCCUAUCUCCGGCUUGUUAGCCAUGAUAACAUAUACUGUAACAUCAUCAUGUCCAAGAACAGGCUGGCUCCAGUCAAAACAACCACUAUCCCAAGACUAGAGCUGGCAGCAGCAGUGGUAGCAGUGCAGCUUGACCAGAAAAUCAACCAAAGCUUUGAGCUACCCCUACUGGACUCCGUCUUCUGGACUGAUAGCACCAUUGUGCUGCAUUAUACCAGAAAUGAAGAUAAAAGGUAUCAAACCUUUGUCGCUAAUAGAAUCUCACAGAUCCGUGAAGUCUCAGAAGCCUCGCAAUGGAAAUACGUCUGCACAGAAGACAACCCUGCAGAUGAUGUUUCUAGAGGAUUAUCAGCUGAAGAACUUGGAAGCAAAGAGCGCUGGUACAAGGGCCCUGCUUUCCUAUGGCAGAAAGAGGAGUUUUGGCCUCUCCAGCCGGAACUAGGCAACUUACCUCCAGAAGCUGAAGUAAAGAAAUCAAGUCAGACAUACACAAUCUCAUCUAAGGUCACCACUAAUUCAGCAGUUGAUUGUUUCAUUCAGAAGUAUUCCUCCUGGUACAAACUCAAGCGAGCUAUUGCAUUGAUCUUACGUGCAAAGGAUAUUCUUUUGAAGAAGACGAAAACCAAACUAUGCGCAUCGAUAACGCUUAAUGACCUGAAGCGUGCAGAGAGUUCCAUCAUUGACUAUGUUCAACGCUCCCAGAUCACCAAACAACUGAAGGAUGACAACUUGAGGAAGCUAGCACCAGUACGCCUCGGUGAUGGGCUACUUCGAGUCGGAGGCAGACUCACCCAUGCUCCAAUACCCGAAGCAGCAAAACACCCAGUGAUCUUGCCACAGAAGCAUCAUGUCAGUGAACUCAUCAUAUGGCACUUCCACAAACUUACAGGUCAUUCAGGAGCUGAGAGGGUCCUCUCAGAGAUUAGGCAAUCCUUCUGGAUAGUCAGAGGACGCAGCACAGUGAAACGAGUUCUAGCACAGUGCAUACCAUGUAAGAGGCACAGAGCUCCAGUCAGUACACAAUACAUGGCCGACCUGCCAGCUGACCGUGUGACUCCAAGUCAACCACCUUUCACCAGUGUUGGAGUGGAUUACUUCGGUCCCAUUAACAUCAAGAGGGGACGCAGUGAGGUGAAGAGGUAUGGUUGCCUGUUCACGUGUCUAACUACCAGGGCCAUUCAUUUAGAGGUAGCGCACAGUUUGGAUACAGAUUCUUUCAUAAACGCACUCCAGCGUUUCAUGGCUCGUAGGGGAACGCCUCGAUUGAUACGCUCAGACAACGGAUCAAAUUUCGUCGGUGCCCAUCAUGAACUACAAAAGGCACUGGACGAAUGGAAUCAACAAAGGAUUGAAGAGCAUCUACUCCAAAGAGAAACACAAUGGAAGUUCAACCCCCCAGCAGCCUCACACAUGGGAGGUGUAUGGGAGAGGCAAAUCCGUACAGUGCGUUCUAUUCUCAUGGGCCUUACAGGACAGCAGACUUUGGACGAUGAAGGAUUAAUGACGCUCUUCUGCAUCAUUGAGAAAAUUGUCAAUGGUCGACCACUAACAAAGCUGUCGGAGGACCCAAGAGAUGGUCAGCCUCUGACUCCCAAUGAUUUGCUUCUGUUAAGACCCGAAUGUUCUCUACCCCCUGGUCACUUCGUGAAGCAGGAUCUAUACCGUCGACGCUGGCGCCAGGUCCAGUACUUGGCAGAUGUGUUCUGGGCUAGGUGGAUAAAGGAAUAUUUACCUAGCCUACAGCAAAGGCAAAAGUGGACCUACCAUUCCAGAAACUAUCAAGUAGGUGAUCUAGUGCUAGUUCUGCAUGAAUCUACUCCUCGUAGUCAGUGGCCCCUUGGAUUGGUCAUUGAUGUCAAUGUAGGAGCUGAUGGACUGGUACGCUCAGUACAAGUAAAGACAGAAACAGGCAUUUACACUCGACCUAUCCACAAGUUAUGUUUGCUGGAAGGGUAUAUGGAUAAGUAAGCUCUACAGACUCUCAGCUUUUACUUCUCGUGAGACUGUUACAAUAGUUGUUGAUUAUAUGUUUGUUUUAACAGUUAUUUCUCUAAAGUGCAUUUAUUUCUGUAUCAUUAAGUAGUCGUUCACCAAUUUUACUUGGAUGACCAUCUGUUGAGGUCAUCGGGGCCGGGAUGUUGGUAUCACUCCUUUCCUCUAGAGGGCUCCACACUUUAUUACAUUUCUUUUACAUUUUUCUGUGCAUUAAGGGGGAAGGAGGCAAUAUAGCCUUCUCAGCAUCAGAGAGACACACAAAGAAAACUAACCUAACAAAGCUUAAACCUGUCGCUUGAAAACCUAAACUACAUUGCCCCAGCGUGGUAAGUUUAUCUGAUUUAAUGUUAAUCACUUGUUUAAUGGGUAGACAGACUUUUGUUGUUCUGAAGAUGUAAACUACAAUGUUUGUACAACAGUGAAGUACUGUUCGGUGAAAUGCACAAAUUUAGUUUAAUUUGUGUUUAGAUCACUAACAUGGUCUUAUUGUGUAAUCUGAGGUAUUGUUGUUUUUUUGCUUAGAGUUUAACUGAAGAUUUGUGAGCGAAUUGUUUUUGAUAAAGUAUAAAGCUAAGUUUACUGACGGUUUAUUUUGCUGGGAAAUGUAAUGCUUGGAGAUUGCAAAGUGUUUAUUUGUUGUAUUUAAAUCCCAGAGUUAUAUGUGAUUAAUUUAACAAAACUUUGAAUGUGUCUUAUUCGGAGAGUUUGUUGUGAAAGCUUCUAAA